CUUCUCACGUUGGAUUUUGCAUCUUCCACAAGCCAUUGAAGAACUGUAAAGAGGGAAAAAAAAUCCAAGCGCAAAGACUGUGUAAUUGAGGUGGUUCUAACCGGUGGACAUCUGAUUCCAAGAUCUUUGGCAGAGCGUCUGAGAGCAAAUCACUGCUGCUCAUCAAAUAAAGCAUUUGAGGAGGAAAUACAAGCAAUAGAAGAACAAUUGCACUGUUUCAAAGCUUCAGCUGGGUAAGAUUUGCAUUCUGGUGUGCCCGUGAUGGAUUUUCUCCCCCUGUCUUAUUAAAACUGCACAAUGAAAGCCAUUCACACGAUUGAGAAGCUGACUGACAACAUCACCGAGAAGUGUUUCCUGCCUUGUGUGGAAAAAGCUGCCGAACUGUUUGCUCACAGACCAGGCAAGGGGGCGAGCUGCACUGAGCAUGCCUCAGAGGAGGGGACCACAUUAUGUAAAGAGACUGCAACAGCAGAUGGGAGAAUCUCCGGCACCGAGCUCGCGUUUGUUUUCUCCGCGUCCCCGGGAGCAGCUGCUGCUGCUGGAGGCUGCAGGCGGGAGGCCGGGCAUGGCUUGAGGGCGAAGGGCUUCUGGCCAUUCGCUAACAUGGGGAACCAAGACGGCAAGCUGAGGAAAGCGGCGGCCGCGGGAGAUGGCCAAGAAUGGGCGGAGGAUGCUUUCUCCCGGGAUGUUGCUGAGAGCACCAAGGGCAGGAAAACGCACCCCAAGCACGGCAAGGGGGGCGACGGAGGCGGCAAGAAGAAGAAAUCCGACUCCACCCGCUCGGUCUUCUCCAUCAGGAAGAGGAAAGCGGCGGUGCGGGGUAAAAACGAGGCCUGCGGCUCUCGGGACGAUGAUGCUGAGGGGCUGGCGAGGCGACCCCCUCCGAGCGAGGAACUGGAUAGCGUCCACUCGGUGACAAAGACUCUGGACAUCAGCAUCUCGGCGGACGAUGAAGGGGGGCUGACCGACACCGAGGCGGAGCAUCCGGACAUCCUGACCGGUGACAGCCUCCAGGCCGGCUCCGUGUUCCGGGGGGUGGUCAGUUCCAGUUCGGACACGGACGGGUACAGCUUCCACUCGGCGGCGGAACACGAGGACCUGCUGUCGGACAUUCAGCACGCCAUCGGGCUGCAGCUCGCCUCCUUUCCGGCCGGCGGCAAACCCGUGGGGGCAAAACAAUCAGAGGCUGGUGCUAGUCUGGGCCGUAGAGGAGAGGAUGCCGCCUGGGGAUGCAGCUCCUCCCCUGUCCCCAGCCGCGAGGGAGACGCGGAGAGGCAGAGGAAGGUUUCCAUAGAAACUGCCUCCGAGGUACCCUCCUCCCCUCCCUCAUUCACUAAUGGCCCAGAGCAUCCUCCAGCCUGCCGCACAGAGGAGUCCAUUUCAUCCUUGGCUGGCAGCGAAGCCGGUGAUGAUGAGACCGACCUGCGGGAGGACGGGGUCGGCGGUGCGGACAAGGUGCUGCCGCCCGAUGCGCAAGUCCUCCCCGACAGCCGCCACCCGGCCCCGAGCUCCGACUCCCCCCGGCGGCACAAACCCUGCCCGGGCUCGGCGCUGACCGCGGUCAGGCCCUACCCGCCGGUCAAUGCCAUCUUCGUGAGGACCACCACCAGGCAGCUGAGCUCCCCGAGUCACUCGCCGUCGGCCUCGCCUUCUCAGAGCCCCCUGAUCCAGAGGAAGCCCCGAGCCGUUGACGUGAAGCGGAGCGCCGGCCAGCGCCGGCGGCAGAGACUCCCCAGGGGCACAGGCUCCCUCAGCCGCUCCGCUGACUGGACCGAGGAGGUGAAACCACGUUGGGAACGAGCUAUCAGGAAGGCAGGCUCCGUGGAUACUCUACAACAAUCUGAACCCUCUGGAACUCCACUUCUGGGACCUAGCAAAAGGCCUUCACUCUCUACCAGCAGAUACCCAGAGAUCUUCACUGGGAGAACAUUGUUGGAGAAGCUUUUUGGACAGCAGGAGAAAGUGCAGCUUGAUGAUGAACGUGAAGCAGAGAAACUUUGCUCUCGUAUUCUGGCCAUGGGUUUGCUCCUUCCAUUCGGGGACUGUUUCAGAGAACAAUUUUGUGCAGAAGUGCCACAAGCCACCACCAAGUUUGAUCAAGACAAGCUUUACACGUGGGCAGCAGUCAGCCAACCAACCCAAUCACGAAAUCACGUGGAAGGUCGCAUCCCUGGGAGAAUUCAGGCUGUAUGGCCACCUGCCAAGCCCUGGACAGAAGGAAACCUGCAUUCUGUAGAGUCAGAGAAUCGUGAUGCAGUCCUAAGUUUGAAGAGAAUACAGAAAGAGGAACUACGCACAUUACAAAAAGAUAAUGAAGAAAAAACACCAGAAGUGAAGGAGGAGCAGGUUGCUGUUAUCCAGAAACUUGAGCUAACAAUUGAACAGCUAAGGAUCAAAAUAGCUGAACUGGAGAAGCAUUCUGCUUUGUUAGACCAGGAGAGGACUGUAAAAGACCAUGGAUCUAGUAGUGAGGAUGUAGUCUCAAUGAUUACUUCCGAUGUCUGCCCUCAAACAGAUGUGCAGGCUUUUCUUCCGCGUAGCUCUCAAACUUUCUGCAUAGAUGCUAAAUCUGUACAGACUUCUCCUACUGAAGAACGUACAACUGAUCAAGUGCCUUUAUUUGAUAGCCAGUUGUCACAACCUCCACUUCCAGGCUGCAGGGUUUCGUCAUCUCAGGAUUGUUCUGUACCUGCAGCUCCCUCAUCGCCAAAACCCCCAACGUAUCUGUGCAGUAGUUUGUCACAACAGUCGGUGCCUCCUUCAAGUGAAACAGCCCUUUCAGUGUCUAUUGCACCAGAUCAAAGCAGCCCAGUGUUUUCACAGCAGUUUAUACCCGAUCAAGGCGCUUCGCCUCUACCUGACACUGAAGCUCUGCCUCUAGCAGCAACUGAUAGCUCGAAUCUGCCCUCAUUGUCCAGUUCAGAGCUUCCACCUUCAUCACCACAACCUGAAACCCUGUCCCUGCACCCUCUGCCAGAGUCUGCACUACCUGCUCACCUGCCUGCACUACCCAUUCCUCCCCCUCCUCCCCCCCUGCCUGGGUCAGCGCUACCUGUUCCCCCUCCUCCACCUCCCCUGCCUGGGUCUGUGCUACCCGUUCCCCCUCCUCCACCUCCCCUGCCUGGGUCUGUGCUACCCGUUCCUCCUCCCCUGCCUGGGUCCGCACUACCCGUUCCCCCUCCUCCUCCCCCUCUGCCUGGCUCUGCGCUACCCGUUCCGCCACCACCUCCCCCUCUGCCUGGCUCUGCGCUACCCGUUCCGCCACCUCCUCCCCCUCUGCCUGGCUCUGCGCUACCCGUUCCGCCACCUCCUCCCCCUCUGCCUGGCUCUGCGCUACCCGUUCCGCCACCUCCUCCCCCUCUGCCUGGCUCUGCGCUACCCGUUCCGCCACCUCCUCCCCCUCUGCCUGGCUCUGCGCUACCCGUUCCGCCACCUCCUCCCCCUCUGCCUGGCUCUGCGCUACCCGUUCCGCCACCACCUCCCCCUCUGCCUGGCUCUGCGCUACCCGUUCCGCCACCACCUCCCCCUCUGCCUGGCUCUGCGCUACCCGUUCCGCCACCACCUCCCCCUCUGCCUGGCUCUGCGCUACCCGUUCCGCCACCACCUCCCCCUCUGCCUGGCUCUGCGCUACCCGUUCCGCCACCUCCUCCCCCUCUGCCUGGCUCUGCGCUACCCGUUCCGCCACCUCCUCCCCCUCUGCCUGGCUCUGCGCUACCCGUUCCGCCACCUCCUCCCCCUCUGCCUGGCUCUGCGCUACCCGUUCCGCCACCUCCUCCCCCUCUGCCUGGCUCUGCGCUACCCGUUCCGCCACCUCCUCCCCCUCUGCCUGGCUCUGCGCUACCCGUUCCCCCUCCCCCAGACCCUGUCCACGGAGCAGAGUUGCCCCCUCCUCCUCCACCGCCUGCAUCUGAGAUUUCUCUCCCUCCCCCAGCGCCAUCCUUUCCCCCUCCUGGCUGUGGUUUUCUUCCGCCACCUCUUCCAGCUGGAUUUCUUGCUUUGGGAAUGACUAAAGAUUCUUCGCCAAGGAAGGUUCCAAUUGAUCCAACUCGUCCAAUGAAGCCUCUGUAUUGGUCAAGAAUUCAGCUGACUAGCAAAAGGGAAACGGAAACAUUGCCAAUUUGGGCAGCAUUAGAAGAGCCUUCCAUUAAUACCCAGGAACUGGAAAAUUACUUUUCAAAAUCAGCUGUCAAGGAGAGGAAGAAGCCAAUUUUAGAUGCCUACAGCAAAACAAAAACCAAACAGGUGGUGAAACUUCUGAACAAUAAGAGGUCACAGGCUGUUGGAAUUUUAAUGUCAAGUCUUCACUUGGAGAUGAAGGAUAUCCAGAAUGCUGUUCUGAACUUGGACAAUUCUGUGGUUGACCUGGAGACCCUUGAAGCCUUGUAUGAGAAUAGAGCACAGCAAGAAGAGUUGGAGAAGAUUGAAAAGCAGAUCCAAAAGUCAUCCAAAGAUAAUGCCAAGCCCUUGGACAAGCCUGAGCAGUUCCUCUAUGAGCUGGCUCAAAUUGUCAAUUUCUCCGAACGAGUGUUUUGUAUCCUUUUCCAGUCCACUUUCUUGGAAAAUAUUGCUGCAAUCAACCGUAAGCUUGAAAUAAUGGACAAGCUGUGUAAGACACUCCAAACAAGUGCCAGUGUAAAGCAGGUGCUGGGUCUGAUUCUUGCUUUUGGAAACUAUAUGAAUGGUGGGAACAGAAGUCGUGGCCAAGCAGAUGGUUUUGGCUUGGAGAUUCUUCCCAAGCUCCGUGAUGUGAAGAGCAGUGAUAACAGCACUAAUCUCCUGUUCUAUCUGGUUUCCUAUUUUUUGCGUAAUUUUGACAAGGAUGCAGGCACAGAACAAAGUGUCUUCCCCAUGCCAGAACCACAGGACUUGUUUCAAGUUUCUCAAAUGAAAUUUGAAGAUUUUGAGAAGGACCUUCGUAAACUGAAAAAGGACUUGAAAGCUUGUGAGACAGAAAUGGAAAAAGUCUGCCGUCUUUCACCAGAAGCACAUUUACAGCCUUUUAAAGACAAAAUGGAAGAAUUCAUUAAUCAAGCAAAGAUUGAUCAAGAGGCUCAGGAAGCUUUCCUGUCUAGAACUCACAAAAGCUUCUUGGAAACAGCGGCAUAUUUUAGCAUGAAGCCAAAAUCUGGAGAUAAAGAAGUCACUCCAAAUCACUUCUUUACCCUGUGGUAUGAGUUUUGCUCAGACUUCAAAGAGUACUGGAGAAAGGAAAGCAAAAUUAUCCUUAAGGAAAAGAUCAAAGAAGCAGAAGCACAUAUACAUAGUCAAAAGAAAGAAAGGUCUUACUCUGUCAAGGAAAAAGUCAAAACUGGAAUUAAAGCAAAAGUGACCAUGAAAGACAAGCGUGUUAAUGAAACUUAUCCUUAGGAAUUAAGAGUAGAUGUGUAACAUCUUUUCCUUCAACUUUUAUGUUUGUACCCAUGUAAUGGCACAUAUCUCUUUUUAAUGCCAUUACAUAGAGGAGAUGUUAUAACUGUCAAUUUUAUUGAUGAAGUUCAGCCAUAUUAUUGUACAACUCUUUACAUCUGUUAUUUAAAGGGCUUUGCAUUCACUGACUGCAUGCUCAAUAGAGAAGCAAAAUCUUCUGAAAAGUAUUUCAAAGCAGGCUUUGGGCCUGAGGGGAUGCUGGAACUUUCAGGUCUUUAAUCAGUAGCUAAUGAACUGGGGACUUGUUGAUGAGGACAACACAAUCAGUGGUUGAAUUUGUUUGUUCCUUCCACUGGCAAUGUGUAUUUUACAUCAAAUAUAUAUAUCUAUAUUCCAGAACAGAAUUAAUUUAGUCAUUUGGACAGAUUCUAGAUUUUUGUCCAAUUGAUAAACGUUAACAAUGCAUGAAAAAUAGAACAACUAUUUUCUUAAAUAAUACUUUAUAACCCCUGACUUGAUGUACUCAGCAAGGUAUGAGCAUGAGCAAAUUUCAUGUGAAGGCAUAAUCAACUCAAUUAAAAGUUGCAAGUAUUUUUGAUUCGGUUAGGAUGAGCUGUGAUGGAGAUUACAGGUUGCCUGUGGUAAACAUUUCCUAACAUUAAGGUGGAGCUUUGUCUGCUGGAGGUGGUUCUGGCACUGAAAUGCACUACUGUUCAGCUUUUGCUAGGAUUAAUUCCUAAAGCUAUUAUAAUAAACAUUUAUCAAUACACCUCAUAGUUUUUUUUGUGUUUUUAAUGUAAAUUUGGUGUCUUACUGCUGUUCAUAAUACAAGAUAUUAAAUUAUUUAAAUGUAGGUAUAUAACAGCAUGUCGACUUUAGAUUCUAUUGUGUCAGGAUAACUUAUAUUUGUAUAAUGCUGUAAGUUGACAAUAGUCUGUUAAAAUCGCCAAGUGCAAUACUGUAUUUAGUAUUUCUAUUUGGAGUAUUUCACAAUUGUUAAUUUAUAUGAAAUGUACUGUAGGUUUUUUCAGAUAAAUAAAAUUUGACUAAUACAGAAGUGUUUUUGUGGAAUGUUU